AUGACUCAGUCUCUGCCAGACACGGAAGAGAAGCCAACACCUCAGGAGACGCCAGGCCCCCACCUCUGUGUUCUGGAACACACCAGAAUGAGAGAAAUUGUGGCUUCCAGUGGGAUAGCUGUGGAUGUUUCCUCAAAUCAAAACCACGGUGUCCGGUUAGGGAAGGCUGUAACACCUGACACCUCAGGACACACACCAAACAAGCUGCAGAGAUUCCUGAAGAAACAUCUCAAACUCCUGGGGGUGGCUCAGAUUAUGAUUAGUGUGAAAUUCAUCAUCUAUGGGAUAAUUGGAAUUUCAGUUCUCCAUUACGCAACACCCAACGCCAGUUUCUUCUCAUUUCAGAUAGGCUUCCCGAUAUGGGCAGCUUUACCUUUUAUCGUUUCUGGAUCUAUGACAGUUGUGUCUGCAAAGAAGCAAACCGAAGCUCUGCUGAGAGGAAAUCUGAGAGCUAACACUCUCAGCACAGUUGUUUCGAGUAUCGGAAUUCUCAUUCUUUCACACAACUUAGUAAAAAUCACCUUCAUGAACUGUGACAUGGAAGAUUUAUGUCUUGGUGUCACAUCAGUUGUAACUGGUCUUGUGGUUAUACUGUUGAUCCUGAACUGUCUGCAAUUUUUAAUUACACUUGCUCUGUCCAUGCUUACCUACAAUGUGGAUGGCAAGAGAAUUGACUGGCUCAGAAGUCAGCGGACCACAUCUGGAGGUUUCUGCAUUAUCUUUCCUGAAAUCGGCUUCCGAAAGUCCUUAUCAAGGCUUGUUGCAUCAGCCUUCCUUCUACCAAAAUCUUGAGAGGAAGGACACAUUGUUAUACUAUAACACCUGAGACAAGUGCCGAUGUGAGAGUAUGCUUCUGUUACCUGCAG